ACGUGUAUUUUAUCAUCAUUUUUAUGACGUUCGUGAGUGUAACGAUGUGAACUCGGUAUCAUAAGAGUUAACUCGAGUGUUAAGCUUUUCACGAGUUUGUAUGGAUAGUGGACGUUUGAAACUUUUAAGUGUAUUUAUGUGGAGUGUUGAUACAGUUGUGUGAAUAUUUAAAGGAAAUACAUUUGGUGUUUUUGGAUAAAUUAGCAGAUAAUGCACGAAAAACGGAACAGGCAGGGCGUUAAAGAGUACAACAGAUGGAGGAUGAGCUGAGCCAUGGGUGCGAUGUGGCGGAUGGCAAUGCCGGGCUGGCGCGUCAGCUAUCGGCUCGAGAUCGGGCUUGUGGUUAUAGUCAUCAUGGUGCUUGGAUUUUUCAAUGAAAGUCAAGGAACGGCGCACUACGGGGAGGACAGUGUGGGCUCGUUUCCGUACUUCGAGUAUAACGUGCCGAGGAAUGUCACCACCGUGGUCGGGCAGACUGCCUUCUUACACUGCAGGGUUGAGCAACUUGGAGAUAAAGCGGUAUCCUGGAUAAGAAAAAGGGACCUCCAUAUACUUACAGCUGGGAUAUUAACUUACACGUCAGACCAAAGGUUUCAAGUGAUAAGACCGGACAAGUCAGAAAACUGGACGCUACAGAUCAAGUUCCCUCAGGAGCGGGACGCGGGCAUUUAUGAAUGCCAAGUCAACACGGAGCCUAAGAUGUCACUCGCUUUUCAGCUGAAUGUAGUAGAAGCGAAGGCCCAUGUUCUGGGCCCUGCCGACCUGUACGUGAAGACCGGCAGCUCGCUGAAGCUGACAUGCAUCUUGAGCCAGGGUCCGCAUGACCUUGGCACCAUAUUUUGGUAUAAGGGAUCAAAACUAAUAGAGUAUAAGGAACUAGAAGCGAACGAAAUCGUAGAAGAGCCGCGAGUCCGGUUGAAGACCGAGUGGACUGAACAGCUGACGUCUCGACUGACCAUCGAGAGACUGCUACCAGGAGACAGCGGGAACUACAGCUGUGUCCCGACCAUGGCUGAGGCGGCUUCAGUUAAUGUCCAUGUCAUUAAUGGAGAACAUCCAGCCGCAAUGCAACACGGGAACGCAAACACGGCAUCGCCUUGUGCUCUGUCAGUAAACCUUCUCAUCUCUCUGUACUGCACUCUGGCCACCCUGUAUACCAACACAGUCGACGGCUUCAGGUGAAAACUAGUACAGCUUAAACAAACGUUUGAGCAAAUGUUUGAACACUUUGUAAAUGUAUUGAAUUUUAUGGAUUAAAUUUUAUAUGUCACGGAUAGCUGUAAAAAUUAUUUGUGUAAAUGUAAGUAGUGUUGUAUAAAGCUUUAUUAUAUUAAUAAGUACUACAAUUAUGUUCUCUGGGGUACUACUUCCAUACAAAAUAUUUUAGA